AUGUCACGUACCGCAUCAACGCCACAUACUCCAUCAAUGCCACAUGCUCCAAGAAAUAAUUUUAUUGAAAAUCUAUUGAAAAUUUUCGUGGUUUUGGUGUGCCUUGCGGUUCCUUCGACUGAUAUUUAUCACUUUAUUUGCAAGCAUGCUUUAUAUGCAGACUCUUGUGAUAUGAUAAAGUCUCAGAAUAGAGAUUUCAAUAAGUUUUAUGGUAUUGAUUAUUUAGAAAACCCGUUUAAACGAGUAAAUGCUGAUGAGUUCGGUUCUGACAUUAUAUAUAAACCUGUAUUACCACCAGCAAUCUUACAAUCAGAUCAUUCAGCAAAUUCAUUUUUACUAGUAGGAAAACUUGGAACUGGUAAAACAUUAUUGAGAUGUCACUAUUAUAAAUAUUUAAAUUCAAAUGAAUAUUUCAAAAUAUUAAUACAAAACGCACAAAUAAAUGAAUAUCUCGAAAGAUUUGUAAAAGUAGCAUUAUCCGAUGAGAAAUAUUGUGAAACUACAAAUUGUCUCGAUCGUUGGUCAGCAAAUGAAUUCGGUCAAUUACUUUUGUCUGUAUUAGUAACACAAUUGGUUAAUGGAUAUAAAGAAGAGCCAUUCAGUCUUCCAAAUAUUUCGCUGGACCGAAAAAUAGAUUUAAUAACUAUUUUAUGCUUUUAUUACAAUGGUCCGGGCGUGCAAAACUUAGAAAAUUUUGCUAACUCUAUUCUUAACAAAACAGACAAUGGUAUAUAUAGUGCAAAUAAUGCUGUUGUUCAAAUUCUUGAGCGAAAUGUUCAUCAAGAUAAGCCCUUUCUUACACAUUUAAAAAGAGAACUCAACAAGUUAAUCGUUCUUCGAAAUGAUAAUCAAAAUCUUGAAUUAUUAUUGCUCAUCGCUGAAAGUGAACAGUAUCAGAAUCCAAUCAUUGAAAGAAAGAUCUAUGAUAAUGUAGUUACGGAUUUAAUAUAUUUAACAGAAUUUAUGAAGAAACAUUUAAAGAAAACAGUUGUAUUUAUUAUCGAUGGUAUUGAUGAAAGUCAAUAUUUUUUAAAACAGGCUAAGGAUAACAACACAUUAUUGCCAUCGUUUUGUCGUUCGUCAGUGUCUCAAACGAUUCUUUCAGCUGUAAUGGCUCAUAACUUUUACUUAUCAUUAUUUUAUCCUGAAAUCGAUGGUUUAAAUCUACGAGAUGUCAUUAGUCGGAAUGAUAAAUUCCCAACAUAUGAAAUGAAUUGGAAUACAAAAUCGUUAAUAAAUUACGCUGAUUUUAUUCUUCAAGGCAUGAAUGAAAAAGCUUCAAGAUCUCGUUGUAAAUCAUUUACAGAUUUUAAGACACUCACAAAUUAUUCAAAUGAACGAAAUGCUAAUAUUAUUAAUAGAAUUUCAACUCCAAGAGUGCUUCAUUACUUCAUGAUUGAACUUAUCCGUGAAAUGAAUGCUUGUGCAAAUGAUGUUGAAGAACCUUUUAUAGCAACUUUUGAAAAUAUUGAUAAUGCUUUUAAUAAAUCUACUAUAUAA